UCACCAGUGAAGAAGGAAGAGAGGCAGCGGUAAACCACCAGUCUCAACAUGAACGUCUGUCCCACUUUGAUCUGCUUCUUCUUCCUCUCUCUGCAGGAUGGAAACUCUGGGCUCGCCAAAGCCAAAAUCUUUGUCCAUACAGGAACUGAAGGAGAAGAUAUCAGAGUUAACUGCUCUUUUUCUCAGUCUGGAAACACAAGGUUCUUCUGUAAGAAUGAAUGUAAACAAGGAGAUCUUCUCAUUGAAACAACUGAUGUCACAGCUCAGAGUGGCAGAUAUGGGAUGAAAUAUGAAACAAGUAAACUAAAAGCAGAUGUUCGUUUUGUAAAUGUCAGCAUCUCCCAGCUGACCAGGUCUGACUCAGGACUCUACAGGUGUGGUCUGAGAAAUUCUUCAUCUGCAGCUUCAUACGUCGACUUUAGAAUCCGUGUUGUAGAUGCUCUGCAGGAUGGAAACUCUGGGCUCGCCAAAGCCCAAAUCUCUGUCUAUCCAGGAACUGAAGGAGAAGAUAUCAGAGUUACAUGUCCCUUUCCUUCAUCUGGAAGCACAAAGGUCUUCUGUAAGAAUGAUUGUAAAGAAAAAGACCUUCUUGUUGCAACAACUAAUGUCUCAGCUCAGAGUGGCAGAUUCGGGAUUGAAUAUGAAGAACUUAUUCCAGGAGCAAAUGUUUCUGUCAGCAUCUCCCAGCUGACCAAGUCUGACUCAGGAUGGUACAGCUGUGGAUUGAAUGGAUCAACAAUGUCAUACGUCGACUUUAGAAUCAUUGUUGUCGAUGCACUGCUAACAGGAAAUCCUCCUGAAGUAAAAACCUUCAAUAAGACAUCUGGAGAUAAUGUUGUAGUUGCCUGCAACCUUUCUGACUAUGGAGAGAAGAGGUUGUACUUCUGUAAGGAACGAUGUGAGAACAAAGACAAAGACAUUCUGGUUGAAACAUCCGAUCUCAGCGCUCAGAGAGACAGAUACAGCAUUGAAUAUGUAGGAGGAUCUCCAUCUGGAGUAUUUGUGUAUGUGAGCAUCUCCCAGCUGACCAGGUCUGACUCAGGACUCUACAGGUGUGGUCUGGAAAUACCUUUCUCUCCGGAUCAUUACCGUGAGUUCAGGAUCAAUGUUACAGAUGCUUCAAACACGACUGAACCAAACACAACUCUGCCGAUGUUUCCAUCAUCAGUCUCAUCAACCUCCACAUCUCCACACACUGAGACACCAUCACCCAGAGCUCAAGGUGUUCUGCUGUACGUGGGUCUGCCUCUGGUGGUCCUGGUCCUGGUCCUGGUCCUGGUCUCUCUGUCUCUGCUGAUACUCUGCAGGAGGAGGAGGUCUAAAGCCAGAGGACGUCCCGUGGAAACCGAGUACGCUGUCACAGAGACCAGCCGAGUGUACGAGGACAUCAGAGAGGACGGACUGUCUCCUCCUGUAGAAAUCUCUUCAGUUUACUCUAGCGCCAAAUACUCCAAACCAAGCGCUGCUGAGACCAACGAUGACUACAGCGUUAUCACUGCAGCUAACCUUCAAAAUACAGCUGAAGAAGACUCCGGUAGACUCACCUACUCCGAGGUUCAUUUUACAAACCGGGCCACCGGCUCGCUCAACAGCUCCCUCAGGGGAGACGCUGAUCACGUGGUCUACUCUGUUCCUCGGGUUAGAGACGACUCUGAUGCUGCCCCCCCUGAAGAUGAUCCUCCCGUCUACUCUACUGUUCAUUAGCUCCAACUCUGCCGCAGCCGUCCACACCCAGAACUACAACCAGAACUAGAAAUAUGUAUUUUUAAAUCGUUCUAACUCCACCACAAGUGUAACACCAGCAAGAGUAGUGAAUGUUAUCGUUGGGUAGGGCUGCUCCAUUAGGGAAUAAUCCUAAUCAAGUUUAUUUUAGUCAAUAUGGAAAUCAGGAUUAUUUAACAGGAUUACUUUUGGAAAGAAGUUGUUUAUUAUUGGAGUUAAAAUUCAAGUGAAAACACCUUCAACUUUCCAUUAAAAUAAAUAAUAUAAAAUAUAUAUUUAAAUGUUUUCAAGAAAGAACACAGGACAAAAUAAGAGUUUUCUCACAAGCGUAAUGUGCAGAAUGAUUGUUUUUCUUGAUGUAGAUUGUUGUGAUCAUUAGAUAUAGACUGGAUUAAUAACCCAGCUCUGUGUUUGAGAUCACUGUCACUGACAGCCAAUCAGAAUCAAUCUGCAUCUCCUGGAUGUCUUAGUGCCGUCGGCCCCACGUUAUCUUUCAUUCAUCUGAUCUUAUUCAUAAGAAGAUGAAGAAUAAGAAACAGUUGAAAUGUAUUCGCUGCUGAGCGUCUCUAAGACCUUCGUAUUCCUGAGUCACGAUUCAGACAUGACUUAAAUAUUGGUUUAAAACACUAGAUUUAUGAAUGGGUCUUUAAAAUCAGAAGACUCUCCUAACAGAGUUUGUUGGAUUCUCCAAACUUGAAUGUGUGAACCCAAAGCCUUUUUCUUUAUCUGCACCACGUAAAAAAGAAAUGUGUCAUAAAUCUGUGUGUUGUAGACCCCUGACACAGCAGAUCCUCCAUCAGGGUGGACCCUCACAUCGUUAUCGUUAUGGUUACGGUAGUCUUCCUCCACAGCGCUGCGGAGGAAGGUCUGGCUAGUCCUCACAGCAUUCCUUGAUGCAGAAAAACGUGCUCUGGUUUAUUGGCAUCUCUCUAAACCAAUCAGAAUCAUCGUGGGCGGGGCUA